CGCAACUCACACAUUCGAUAGCGUUCCAAGCAGCACUAACAGGCUAGACACUGAUAUCUCACCACCUAAAGAUACAAUGUGCAAUGCACCUGGGUUUUUUCAUCGGCUGACAUUUUUAUGGCUGAUCUUUUUCAGGAAACAGCCGAAUUGGUGAGCGAUGUGCUCAAUGUGGAAGUUUUUCGCGGUGUCAUCGCGAAUCAGUCCCUAGUUGGCACCUACUGCGUGCUAACCAACCAGGGUGGCCUCGUGCAUCCCAGGACCACGGUCGACGAACUUGAUCAGCUUAGCAGUCUUCUUCAACUCCCUCUUACAGCUGGCACUGUUAACAGAGGCAGCCCAAUGGUCGCCGCUGGGCUCGUUGUUAACGACUGGACGGCGUUUUGUGGAAUGGAGACUACGAGUACAGAGAUCCAGGUUGUCGAGUCGAUUUUCAAACUAGAAGGAGAAAUCGGUGCUACACCAGCCUCCGCAAUGCAUGAUGCCUUGAUCGAAAGAACGAAAAAUCCCCAGUUGAAUGAAUCACGUGUUACCCAUCGGGUCACUGAACUUUUCUGUGGUGCGUCACACUAUGCUUCGUGGCAAUUUUUUUACAACCCGAUGAUUGUCAUGACUUCCCCCAGUACUUUCAGGAUGACAACACAGGUGUUUGUGGGUAUUGGACCGUUUCAUCGUCCAAUCUUGAGUGUAUGCUCGACCGUGUUUCUGCCGUUUAUCCCAUUACACACUUUCACGACCAAACACGGGACACUUCUGCCUUGGACUGCAAUUUCGAAACAGUGGAUUGUUGAAGCCCAGAAGGUGUUUUAUGCACCGCACUAA